AUGAAACAGAAACUGAACUCUCACACUGUUAUCUCCCUGUGUGUGAUCGUGGCUGUGAGAAAUGGCAGAAUCUUCGACCCAAAGACAGGAUUCUUUCACUUGUCCAGUUUGUCUGGAUCUAAUAAAGGAUCCAGUUGCCGUUCCAUGUGGACACACUUAUUGUCUGCGCUGUAUUAAAGGUUGCUGGGAUCAGGAAGAUGGUAAAGGCAUUUACAGCUGCCCCCAGUGCAGACAGACAUUUAGGCCAAGACCUGUUCUCGGUCGAAACAUUCUGAUUGCUGAAAUGGUGGAGGAAUUUAGGAAGACCAGAAUCCAAACUGAUGUUCCUGCUCACUGUUUUGCUGGACCUGGAGAUGUGGAGUGUGACGUCUGCACUGGGACAAAACUCAAAGCUGUGAAGUCCUGUCUGGAAUGUCUGGUGUCAUACUGUGAAACUCACUACAAAGCUCACAAUGAACUUAAUCCUGGACGGAAACACAAGGUGAUUGAUGCCACAGGCCAGCUACAGGACAGGAUCUGCUCUCAUCAUGAGAAGGUUUUUGAAAUAUUUUGUCGAACCGAUCAGAGUUGUAUCUGCUAUCUGUGCACAAUGGACGAACAUAAAGGCCAUGACACAGUCACUGCUGCAGCAGAAUGGACAAACAAACAGAGGCAGUUGGGGCAGACCCAGAGGAGAUUCCAGCAGAGAAUCCAUGAGAGAGAGAAGGAGCUGCAGGAGCUGAGGAAGUUUGUGGAGAUUCUCAAGAGCUCUGCACAGACAGCAGUGGUGGACAGUGAGAAGAUCUUUGCUGAGAUGAUCCGCUCCAUUGAGAGAAGGUGCUCUGAGGUGAAAGAGCUGAUCAGAGCUCAGGAGAAGGCUGAGGUGAGUCGGGCCAAAGGACUCCUGAAGCGACUGGAGCAGGAGAUUGCUGAGUUGAAGAGGAGAGAUGCUGAGCUGGAGCAGCUUUCACUCACAGAGGAUCACAUCCAUUUCCUCAAGACAUUCCAGUCGGUCAGUGAGACAACUGAGUCUUACGACUUAUCCUACAUCUCUGUGAACCAAGGCCUCUCUUUUGAGGCUGUGAAGAAAUCUGUCUCCUCACUAAAGACGCAGCUGGAGAAUUUCUGCAAGGAGGAAGUCAUGAAGAUAACUGCAUCAGUGACUGAAGUCCAGGCUAUUUUGCCUCCUGAAUCUACAACCAGAGAGGAUUUCCUACAAUACUCCUGUCACUUCACACUGGAUCCAAACACAGCACACAGAAAGCUCCAUCUGUCUGAGGGGAACAGGAGGGUGGAGAUGAGAGCUGAGCUCAAGUCAUAUCCUGAUCAUCCAGAGAGAUUUGAUAAGUGGCCUCAGGUGCUGUGUAGAAAGGGUGUGUCUGGACGCUGCUACUGGGAGGUUGAGUGGAGUGGGGUGUGGGUUAGUAUAGCAGUCUCAUAUAAAAGCAUCAGCAGGAAAGGAGUGGGUGAUGAGUGUGUGUUUGGAGGUAAUGAUCAGUCCUGGAGUCUGGGCCUCUCCCACAGCAGCUCCCUUUUCUGGCACAAUAAACAACAGACUAAACUCCCUCUAGUGGCCAGUUCCAGAAUAGGAGUGUAUGUGGAUCACAGGGCAGGAACUCUGGCUUUCUACAGCAUCUCUGACACAAUGACCCUCCUGCACAGAGUCCAGACCACAUUCACUCACACACUCUACCCUGGGUUUGGGUUUGGGUUUUUUAAUUAUGGAUCAUCAGUAAAGCUGUUGUGACUGAGAUGUACAGAUGUUGAAUCCAGACUACAUUCACCCAGCCUCUUUACCCUGGGUUUAGGGUUAGACAUUAGAUCACCAGUGAAGGUGUUGUGACUCUGCGGUGGAGCGCUGGGGUGACCCCACGUAUUGGCAGGUGUACCGCACUGGUGUGGUGGUGGUCUGGGAAGAAAACAAUGCUCUGCAGACGACAUCUGAGGCCAAACUUAGAAUUUAUUUACAACCCAUGAUGAAUAAAGUGGAAAUAAAAAGAGAAAGAAGCAAUUUGUUA